AUGGGUUUCGCCUCCAAAAUUGCCGCGACCCAGAACAGUCAGACCCAAAACCCCCAAGGUCAAGGUCAAAAUAUGCCUAGCAACCAAGGCACCUACGGUGGUGCACCGCCAGCUGGAUACACUGGGGGGCCGCCUGCAGCGCUGCGGCCUGGUGGAUACGUAAGUCUGAUCAGCUGCGAUGAACUCGACGUCAUGCAAUGUUUACAGUGA